GGGAUACCUCUGUGUUAGUCGGGGUGUACGGACCCACAGAAGUGAAGGUCAGCAAGGAAAUCUACGAUAAAGCGACUCUGGAGGUGCUGCUAAGGCCGAAAGUGGGCCUGCCAGGCGUCUAUGAAAAAAGCAGAGAGCAGAUGAUCAAGAAGACCUGUGAGGCGGUGGUUUUGGGCAACCUGCAUCCCCGUUCUUCUGUUAUGGUGGUUCUUCAGGUGAUUGCAGAUGCUGGAUCUCUGCUCUCCAGCUGUUUGAACGCCGCCUGCGUGGGACUGGUGGAUGCCGGGCUGCCAAUGAGCUCCUUGUUCUGCGGAGUGACCUGCGCCUUGGACGCCGGUGGCAAUAUCCUCCUGGACCCCACGGCGAAGCAAGAAAAGGGAGUAGCAAAGGCCCCACCGGGCACUGGGGAGGAGCAGGCAGGAGACAACAUGAGCAAAGAUUGG